UAUGUAACAUGUAUUCGUGUAACAUAUCAUAGCAGUGAGAGUGUGGAGACAGAAGCAGAGAUACAUGAACAGAAAUGAAGUGAGAAAGUGUGUGAGAAAGAAAGAAUGAAAGAGAAACAGAGAUAGAGAGAGAAAAAGAGAGGGAAGAGAAAGAAAGAACAAAAAAAGGGAAAGGAAUAACACUAACGAAAGAGCGAGAAAAAAAAAAAGAAGAGAAAUAGUGAUAGAUAAGAAAAAAGAAAGGGAAAAGAGAAAGGGAAAAGUAAGCGAAAGAGAUCAGACAGAGAGAGAGAGAGAGGAAAAAACAGAAAUGAAGAUAGAAAGAGAGAAAGAAAGAGAGAAAGAAAAAGAAAGAGAGAAAGAAAGAGAGAGAGGAAAAAAAAAGAAAUGAAGAUAGAAAGAGAGAAAGAAAGAGAGAAAGAAAAAGAAAGAGAGAAAGAAAGAGAGAGAGAGAAAAUAUGAUUGAGAGAGGAAGAUAGGAAAGGGGGGGGGGGAGAAAAAGAGAGUAAAAUGGAGAGAGUUAAAAAGAGAUGGAGAAAGAAAGAGAGAGAAAGUGGAGGAUGGAAAAAAUGAGAAAAAGAAAUAAAGCAAAACAAUCAGAAAGACAGAGAGAGAGAGAGAGAGAGAGAGAGAGAGAGGCUGUGAGGUAGAGACACCCCGCGUCAACUCCUCUGCCUCCAUUUCCCACACAUAUGACCUUCACGGGCUACGGUAGAACGCCGCCCUCAGUCAUUCCUCCCCCUGUUGUGCGCGCGUGAAGCGAGAGAAGAGAAAAAAAAAAAGCAUAUUUCCAAUCCUCCUAUUGGGUGUGCAGGCUGGAGAGUCGCCCAGGCUUCCUGCCAGUGUGUUCCCUGCAUCGCAGGAGUGUGAGCCAAAGUUUGUGUUUUCUGACCAUGAUGUCCUCUGAAUUUGAUAUGGGAUUUGUGGCCAAUCGGUAUGAAAUUCAAAUCUAUUUCUCCUAGUGGGACAUGUACUGGCGAUAGCACUCAUAGAAACAGAGGUAUAACCACCAGUUCUCACUGUCCAAGUCCAAGCUUCUCUGGUCCAGGCAUCUCCAGCAGCUACGACUUCAGUCGGCGAUACUACCUCUCCCACCCUUACCAUCAGCAGCAUCCUCACCCAGGCUACCACCUACAUCAGCAGCAGCAGCAGCAACAACAGCAACUGACCGCAGGACACAGCUCGCCGCACCACCCUCACCAUCCUCAGCACGACAGCGAGUCCAGCCUCGGCGGCAGCUUGCUCGGACAAGACAGACCCAUGCUGCUGUUACAGUCACAAGCUAGCUACGAAACUGGAGGAGCUCUAGCCGGAAGUCAUUUCGCUUCCGGUGCUUACUCGAACUCGCUGACGUCACAGACCUCGAUGGCGGACAUCAACAUCCUGGCGGCCUCGUUUUCGCUACCCAUGCACGACUUUCAGUCGGACGUGACCUCUUACGGUGGGGACGAUUUGUCCCCGGACCACUUUUCCCCUGGCUACGACAACAGCCAGUCUAGCGGUCUGAACUUUGACCACGGGCAUCAGCAGCCUCAUCACGUCAGCAGUCAGGGUUACCUCGACACGUACGACUUUGACAGCGGCUACGGCAGCCACCAGCGGGAGAAGCAUGGCUCUUACGCCACUCCAUCUGUGCCCACCACAUCCAACAGCAUCACCAGCAUAAACAACAACAACAGCUCGUCGACGGCGAGCAACAAAAGCAACAACAACAGCACCAGUAGCAGCAGCUCUAGCACGAACAGUUCCUCUUUGCCAAACAUGUUUGCGGACCCCAUGCCCAUUGACAAGUACUCAGUGCCCCCCGCGCAUAGCAUGGUAGAAGAUGUAUACGGCCCCGGAUUCCCCUCCCACGAGGCUGACUACUACGGGCAGCAACAAAGGUAUAUGGAACCCUCGGGAAAAUCCCAUUUUGCCAUGGAUGUAUCGAAGGUAUACCAGAAGCACGCAUUCUCGGAGGGCGGCGGGGCCCAGGACAUUGUCUUUCCACAGUCUUCUUUGGCGUAUUCGGACCUAGACCAGAAGCCCACGCACCUCUACUGUCACGGCGCCUACGAUACGACGGGCUCGGUGCCGCCCUACUGCUCAGACGCCCCAGGCCUCUACCAGUCCUACCACCCAGCUUUCUACAGCGGUCAAGGUGGCCACUGUCCGCCAGGGAUGCCUUUCCCGUCGUCAGGGGUGCCCCACGCCAACGCCUAUAGAGGGGAUCUUUCCCUGCCCAUGUCAGCCCACCACUCAUCACACAUGCACCACUCACACAGGAGAACAUCACUCACCAUUCCUACCCCACCCAACGCAGACAACCUUGAACUACAGAAAUAUCAGCUCCAAUCACCUGGCACACCACCCACACCGCACAAUAGGUCUCCGCCUCUGAGGGACGGCAGCCAGCCCAUCAAGGAGAGCCUCCUGUGCGCGGUGUGCGGCGACAAUGCGGCAUGCCAGCACUACGGUGUGAGAACCUGUGAAGGCUGCAAAGGAUUUUUCAAGAGAACGGUUCAGAAAAAUGCCAAGUACGUCUGCUUGGCAGACAAGAACUGCCCGGUGGACAAGAGGAGACGGAACCGUUGCCAGUUUUGUCGUUUCCAGAAAUGUCUGGCUGUUGGUAUGGUCAAAGAGGUUGUGAGGACUGACGGACUGAAAGGUAGAAGAGGGCGCCUGCCCUCCAAGCCCAAGUCACCCCAGGAGUCCCCUCCAUCUCCACCAGUGAGCCUCAUCACGGCGCUAGUCAGGGCGCACGUUGACACCUGCCCAGACAUCCCCAACUUGGAUUAUAGCCAGUUUCAAAUGUCCAAGACUGAGGACCCUCACGGAGGCAGGGAGGAGAGUGUGAGAGUGUUCUACAACAUCCUCCUCCAGAGUAUGGACGUACUGAGGGCCUGGGCUGACAAGAUCCCUGGCUUCACUGACCUACACAAAGAUGAUCAGGAGUUACUCUUUCAGUCUGCAUCGUUAGAACUCUUUGUCCUGAAGGCUGCAUAUAGGUCUUGUCUCUCUAGGGUCCAGGUCAACGAUGAGAAGAUUAUCUUCGAGAACGGCCAGGUGUACCACCGGCUGCAGUGCAUGAAGACAUUCGGGGAGUGGAUCAACUCCAUAGUGGAGUUCGGCCUUAGCCUCCACCGGAUGGGGCUGGACAUCUCCUCCCUGGCUUGCAUGAGUGCUCUGGCCAUGGUGACAUUGCGCCACGGCUUGAGGGAGCCAGAAAAGAUGGAAGAGCUUCAGAUGAAGAUCAUCGACUGCCUCCGAGACCACUGCACCUACAACAGCGAGGCCCAGCGCAAGCCGCACUUUUUCUCACGCAUCCUCAGCAAGAUCGCCGAGCUGCGAACUCUGAGCCGGGAAGGCCUGCAGUGCAUGACCGAGGUGGCCAAGUUUGACGACGCCCACUCCGCCCCCGCUGUGAUCCAGAACUAUAUUUCGAACCAACUGCCUUUCUAGCUCACACGAUUCCCAUGUGAUGCGGGAGAAACAACCCAGAAAACACACACUAUUUUUUUGCUGGGUAAAAAUCCCAAGAAAACCCAGACUGUGUUUUUUUUUAACAGACCCCCCUCCCCCUCAGAAAAAACAACUAAAAAAACAGCAUGUAAGGUCUAAAAAAAAAUAUUUUGCUGUUAUAUUUUCUUAUCUACACAUAUUUUUGUGAGAUUUGAUUUUAAUGUGAAAGUCUAAACUCUUUAUCAUUUGUUAUUUCUCUAAUGUUGUGAAUUGUUGUUCUACAAUCUAAAAAGGUUCGUUUGAAAUACCAUUAUUUUUGUAUAGCUUGUGUAUUUACCAAAACCUGUAUUCUCUUUAUUUGUUUUUUGACACUUUUAUUAUUUGUGUUUAAAUAUUGUCCUUUAUACAUCAACCAAAAAACAAACCCAAACAAUGUCCAUUAAAUCUAUAAGUAUAUUAUAUUAUUUUUAUGAAUACUAUUUCUGUGUAUAAAACUGCCUUGUUCGUCACACUGGCCUAUAUCACAAUCGUAUGACCUUUGAUCUUUCUCUCGCCUCACCUUUGACCUUCCCCGAUGUUUGUACGAUGUGAAAACUUGUACAGAGCUCCUCCAGUUUUAUUUUGUUCUUCUUGACCUUUCUUCAAUGUUUCAUAAUAUUAUGUACAUAAUCAGAUUUCUUUCCAUAAUAUCACUGUAUAUAUAUGUAAACAAUCGCCCUUACCUAUUAUAUUAUCAUUAUUAUUUUUAUUAUGCUGGUAAGUACUAUCCGUGCUGUACCACUAAAGAAUGAGAUAGUUAUUAGCGAAAAACAUGUUUUAUGUUUGGUUGACGUUUUUUAGAAUUAAAGUUCUAAUAGAUUCGAUGUUUUAUAUAACCAUUUCAGCGAAAGACAUCCCUAUUAAAGAGACGCUUCUGGGUAGGCAUUACCGUAAAUCUGCGCCUCUACUGUCUUAACUGUAAGUCUAUGCUUCUGUGGACAUAAUCAGAAGUCUACUGGUCUGUGGAUAUAUCCUCAAGACAAAACCGUAAAUCUUCAACUCUGUUGACAGUAAGUCUGUUCUUGUGUGAACAUAGAUGGUUAAAAGGGCAGGUUAUGAAGCGGAUAAAAGAUCAGCAAGUCUGGGGCAGUCAAAAAGAAUAGGAGAUUAUAAUAUACACAUUUUUUUUUUGUACAAAAUUGACCUCUACCCUCCAAACCCCAUGCUAAAUGUACGCUACAACUUAAAACCGUUUAGCUAAUUGGACAAGAUGGUCAAUGUUUGGGGGGGGGGGGGGGUCAAUGCUUCUCUAAAGAUAACACGCUCAAACCAUUUCUUGAUGAAGUGAUUCUAACGAUCAUUAACAUCAUCUUUGAUGGACGCGUAACUAUAGCAACUGCUGCACAGUCUUAAAAAGGAGACCUCAAAAAUAUGAAAUAACUAUUGGAAACAAAACAAAUAGAACUAAAAGAAAAUACUGAAUCCAAAUUUUACUUUCCUAUAAUGCGAAAUACUUUUUUGUUUGUUUGUUGAUGAAAAUCCUUGUAUAAAAAUCAUUGAAUGAAUAACUAUUGUCGUUCCUAUUGUUAGUGUGUACAUAUUUUUUUUAUAAAACCGUAUUAAAAUUGUUUCUUUGUUAUUUAUACGUGGCAUACUUUUUAACUCUAUACUUCCUCUUUUUGUUAUUCUCUUAGGAUUGCGGUAUUAAUCUUGAUUAUCAACUUUAAUUUUGAUUAUGUUUAUCAACUCUUGUGGUUAAAAAUUACUGCAGAAAAAGAUCCGACCUACAUAUUUAACAUGGACGGGAUAGUCCAUGCUUGAACUAUCCACACACACACACAGUUAUCAUGUUUAUCUUGCCAAAAAUGUUACAUUUAUUUCUGAUGUCGUGAUAAUAUAACAGAAUAACUUUUAACUCUAAUAACAUUAUAUUUCUACAGUAAGUUAGAAGUAGGGUACGAGUUUAGUUCUUUUUUUUUUCCUUUUGCACUAAGUACUUCGUCUGCCUGGUCGUGUGGUAUGCGCUCUUGCCUGUCGUCUCGAUAAUCUCGGGUUUGAACCCUGGCGUCGCCAUACACCCGUAAAGCUAAUGGAGUUUUGAAGGAGCACACGAAGCAUGUAAAACAUAAUUAAGAAAAUAUUUAAUCUAUUGUGCGUUAAUCACAGGUUCUAGCAGUUUUAAAACGAGAUUUACCCUUAUAAUUGAAGGGAAUAAUGAAGAAGUCUAAGUUUAAUUAAACACAUAAAAUAUGUCUUUUGAAUAUCAUUUUACAUACUUGUUUAUCUAUAUGUAUACGUAUUUAAAUAGACUAAGGGAUCAUUAUAAUCAGAUCAGAGGCUCAUGAGUUAAAUGUUUAAUCAGUCAAUAUUUUGUUUUUCAUUUUAAUUUGCUUUAUUGAACGUUUUCAACGUGACUAUAAUGCCUAAAGUAUUGACCAUGAUAAAGCCUUGACCACUCUCUGUGUCGUGUUAUAACUGAAGUGAAAAGGUUAACGCUCUAAAUGUUACAUUAUAUCGAACAAGAUUUAUUCUAGAGUUAUAAGUGUUUUUUUGUUUUGUUUUAUCGCUAAUGUAAUACGUCUAUUUGAUUACAAAGAUACAAGUGAUAUAUUUUUUUACUCAUUUGUUAAAAAAAAAAUGAAUACAUGGCUUAUUUUGAACACCGUACUUUUUGUGUGUGUUAUAGUUCAAAUUACACAGUUGUACGUAGAAUAUUUUUUUCUAGUCUAGUGUAUAUUAGGUAAUUUCGAGUAGAGUUUAAUAGUUCUUCUUCCCCCCUCCAGAUUAAUUGAAUGUAUGGUGUAGUAAAAGAGUCAUAUUUUUUUUCUUAUUCACGAGAAAGUCAUUUUAAUGUCUCUUUGUUUUAAAUUAAUGUAUGUGUAUGUGUGUGUGUGUGCUAUUGAUUUCUUCAUCUAUUUCUAUUCCUAACUUUCCCUCUGCCUCCCAAAGCUUUCCCCUGCCCCCCCCCUUUCCCCACCACAGGCAUAUCUAAUGCACCACUUACACCGCUGACCUAUAUCGUUAAACUGAUCGGUGAAAUUGAAUCCAUUACUAAGUGAUCAUCAACAUCAUCCCCACAGGGAUUAAAUAGGAAAGAGAUAGUUUAAACAGGAUAGGGAUAGGUUUUCAAAUAUUCAUUUAAUGACGAAAAUGACCUUUUUGUGAAGAUUUUUUUUUUAUUGAUCUGAAAUGAAUUUUUAAUUGUUAUUUUUCAUUGUACACAAAGAACACCAUAUAUUUAUGCUAUUCAACGUUUACCUAUUGCAAUGCGUGAAAUUAAAUUAGAAAAAUAAGGAUAAGGAGGGAACUCUGUGGUGUGAACACCCCAGAAAGUACAUGGAACAAAUGAUAUAAAGCUCACAACGUUUCUAUGGCCGACGGUUAACGAGGGUGUCACGUGGUCAUCAAACAGCCAACAGCCUUAUUCUUUCAGCAACAAGGACGCCCAGAAGAUUCAUAGAAAAAAAAAUUCAAGGUAGUCACCGGGACUCAAACUCUUGACUUCCCUGUUCGGAAGCCAUUACCAUUUAAUUUUGAAUGUAAAAAAAAACCCACCCUCAUUUGGGGGCCAUCCUCAAGUGGUGGCCCGGGGAAUUUGCAUAUUCUCCCCUUUCCUCCUCUCACCCCAACUACGCCACUGUUUCCCCCCCCCCACUUAGCUUUCUUCCUCUUACUAUAAAAUACAGACGUUACUCCAGACUAGAAGAUGAUUACAUCCACACUUUCGCCAAUUACAGUUUUAGACAAUUAUAUGUGUUCACGUGUGUGUGUGUAUGUGUUGCAUGUUGUGUUGUUUAUGUAUGUGUUGUGUUGUUGAAAAUUUGACUAUGGAAUACUUUGUGACUAUUAUUGACUUUAUCAAUACGUUACAAUCUCAUGCUCUAAAUCUAUGCCACUGUACAUAUUCAAUCAAGCUUGCACCGUUUUUGUUUUGAUUCAUUCAACCGGUUGUUUGAUUUAUUAAGUGUACUAUAUUACUCAUGUCAUUACCUCCACUUUCCUUCCCCCCCCCCUCCCGUACGCUCCACACUUAUUGUCUGAGAGAAAUCAAUAACAGUAAGGGCUAUUAUGAAAUCAUUAGACCUGUAUUUUCAUCACUACAAUUAAAAAUAUAGUGUUUGAUACUUUUUUGAUAAACAGAUAUAUGAUUAGAUCUAGCAAUUAUAAAACAUAAAUAUAUUUUAGUCUAUAACAAAAUAUUGCCUUUGAUUUCCCGAUGGCGUCUCAAAAAGAUGCUGUUUGCAGAUUUAAUUUUUCAUUUAUGACUAAAGCUUUCGCAAUUUAUUCUGUUUUCCAUCAGAGAACAUUACAACACGACUACUAUAGCCAAAAUGUGGCGACCCUAUCGACAAUGGCGUUUUAUAAUAAUCUCAGUUAUCAAAAUCUGUUUUUUUUUCUUUCUUUAUUAUUUAUUUUGUAAUAGAUAUUAGUCUACCAUGUUGGAUAAUUUAUUACGUACUAGUCAAGUUAAAAAAGGACAACAACAACAAAGAAUUACGAAACUAUGCUUGGACACAUAGACGUAGUGGAAAACCAAUGCAAAGUAUUGCCCGUGUCACAGAGUUGAUGUCCUUAUAAUCUCGUUUCUUGGUCUUAUUUUUUCAAAACCUGUAUAUAAACUCUAAAUAUUUAUUACUGUUUAUGUUCUUAUCAUUUUAUUAAAAUGUUAUAUUAUAUUUUUAUUAUUAUUUUUCAAAUGCGAUUUUUUAAAUGAUUUUUAAAAAUUCUCUUUCUUGUUAAGGUUUCAUAGGGAAUAACUUUAAAAAACUCAUUUAACAAUAACUUCAGUUGUUUUAUUUUGUGUUUAUUUAGUGUUUUCUUUUUGUUCCGAUGUUAACUAAAAGUCUAACCUGGUCGAAAGAGUUCUGUUCUCCCACCCUCCAAAAUAAAAACAAAAAUCACUCCCCUAAUCCUAAAUAUCAAUACUUGUUCCACCCAACACCUUCUCAUCAAAUACAGAUUUAAAAAAAUAUUUAAUUUUAUUUUUAUUCAAUUGCAUUUUGACCCAGAAAGAUGCAAUAAAAGUAGUGAUCCCAUCAGGCAAUUUGAACCUAGCAGACGUCUGCUUGGUGACAGAAAGACUUAACUGUUGUUACCUCUAAAAAUCUUGAAACUUUUGUUAUCAUGUGUCUGUUCAUUAUUAUUAUUAUUUAUAUCAUUAUUAUAAUUGUUACUACUAUUAUUUUUUUACUAUUGUAUUUUAAAACUGUGUAUUCUUUAUUAUGAACCUGUGGAUUCACACUAAGCACAAUAUUUUUAUAAGUAAAAAAGUAGUUAGUCUUUUUUAAAGACCUUACGUUACUAAGUAUUUUAUGUUCACAUACUUACACCAACUAGUGACGGGACAUAGUCCUAUUGAUUUGUUAUGAUUAUCAUUUUAAAAUUAAUUUACCCUUAUCAACGGAUCUAGUGUUGUAGCCUCUUUGUUUUAUUAUAUUAUGAAAUUUAGUUAGAGAGUAAUAUUUUAUUUUCGCCAUGGAGUUAUAGUUGCGGUUCUAGAGUAUCGUAAAAACUAAGAACACUUUCUAUAAAUAGUAUUUUUUUUACUCGUGUUUUAUUUUUUUUUAUAGUGCAGUGCUGUGUUGUUGUUUUUAUAAUUAUUAUUUGUUCAUGUCUGCAGCUUUGGUUGAUAUUUACCAAAAAAAAAAAUUUAAGGAAAACAAGUGAAUGGCUUCAAGCCGAUUGAUUUAAAGAAUUGAGAAACAAGAGAGAGAAAAAAGCAAAAAAAUAAAACACUGUUUAAAUAAAUAAA